GGUUUUAAAAUAGUUUUUAAAAGAGAGAGAAAAAAAUCAAUUAAUUAAAAAAUGUCUGAAACAACUACCAGUAUUGCUGUAUUUGGUUUACAAUGUUUUUGGGGUUCGGAAGUCAAGUUUGGCCUACAAAAGGGUGUCAUCAGUACUAGUGUUGGCUAUACAGGAGGUUCGACACCUCAGCCUACUUAUCGUCAAUUAGGCGAUCAUACAGAAGUGGUUAAAGUGGUAUUCAAUGAUAAACUUAUAACCUAUCAGGAACUAUUGGAUAUAUUCUGGUCAGCACACGAUCCGACAUAUCUUUUUAAACAACAAUAUCAGUCGGCUAUCUAUACAAGCGAUUCAGUUCAACACCAAUUGGCCACUGAAUUGCUUUCGGCAAAACAAAGCCAAUCAAGUAAACCGAUUGUCACCAAAAUUUUCCAAUUAAAACAAUAUUAUUUGGCCGAAGAUUAUCAUCAAAAAUAUUUUCUACGUAAACAUCCGGAAAUUAUCAAUGAAUUAGGACUAACUGAUGGCCAACUAGUCGAUAGUCCAGUGGCUAGUCGUCUAAAUAGCUACUGUGCCGGCUUUGGUAGUCGACAACAAUUUCUGGAUGAUAUUGGCCAACAAUUAUCUAACAAUAAGUUAUUGAUUAAUGAAACUAAUCAGCAAACUAUUAUUAAACUGAUCAAUGAUGGACCUAAUCUGGGUGAAUGCUAAACCAUGAUAAAUCAAUUAUUGAUUCAUCACAAUAUAUCGUAUAUUAUAAAA